AUGGCUAUUGUGGAGGAUGUGUUCCUGCCCACCAACCUCACCUCCAGCAACCAGAGCAGCUGCAACGUGCACAACCACCACUUCUCCACCAAAGUCACCUUCUCCCUUUUCUAUGUCAUCCUGCUGGUGUUCGGUGCCUGUGGGAAUAUCCUGGCCCUCUGUAUCACCUUCCAGCACAGGAAGAAGAAACUCAACUCCACCGACCUCUACCUGGUGAACCUGGCCCUCUCCGAUGCCCUCUUCACCUUGGCACUGCCAGGCAGGAUCGCCUACUACAUCCUGGAGUCUGACUGGCCCUUUGGGGACUGGUUCUGCCGGAUCACAGCUUUCAUUUUCUACAUGAACACCUAUGUGAGCAUCUACUUCAUGACCUGUGUGAGCGUGGACCGCUACGUUGCCGUGGUGCGCACCAGGCACCCCAGCAGGAUUCGGAAGAUGAGCCGUGCCAGGGGCAUCUGUGUCCUUAUCUGGUUCUUGGUGUUCCUGCAGACGGCUCCGCUGCUCCUGUGGCCCAUGACGCGAAGGAUGGGAGACAAGCUGACGUGCAUGGAGUACUUCAACUUCGAGGAGAUUCCCAAUCUGCCCUACCUGCUCCUGGUGGCCUGCACGCUUGGCUUCUUCCUGCCUGUGGGCAUCAUCUUGGUGUGCUAUGUGAGGAUCAGCCUCAAGCUCUGCCAGACAGCCAAGGAGAACCCACUGACAGUGAAGAAUGGACACCACCACCGAGCCUUCACGGUCAUCCUGGUGGUGCUGCUGGCUGUCCUGCUCUGCUUCAGUCCCUACCACCUCAAUAUUGUCCAGUUCAUGGUCAGGAAGAUCCUCUACCAACCUUCCUGCCAUGAGCAGCAAGCCUUCAAGAUGUCCCUGCAAGUCACUGUGGCCUUCAUGAACCUCAACUGCUGCAUCGACCCCGUCAUCUACUUCUUCGCCUUCCGGGGCUACAAGCGGAGGCUGCUCCGCUUCUUCAGGAACAGUGGCUCCCUGGCCACCUCCUCCACUGCCAAGACCCCCUCGGAGAGCAACAGCAACAGCCACAGCCAGCCACCCGGCUCCAUCUCCAUCUUGCAGCACAAGCCCCUCCCUUCUGCCCUGGCCUGUGACUUAUGGACCAUCCCUGACGGCAGGAGGCAGAGUCAAGCUGGAGGACCAGCAUCUUCAACAUCACUCCCCUGCCUGGAGCCAGGGGCUCUCACAAAGCCAACCCUGCAGGGACAAAGCCCUGCCUGGCUCUGCAUGGCUGGCUCUGCAUGCCUGGCUCUGUGCUCAGCGCUGCUGCACCUGUCAGCCUGGAGCACAGGGAGACACCUUUUCAUCCCAGCCUCAGAGGAGGCAGCUUGUGCAGCUGCUCUGGCUGGCAAAUCCAGCUAG